GCGGGUCCAACGUGUAGUUGAGGUGGAUGUACACGAUACAGACAAAAUAACGUACAUUUUUGUUUUGAAAAGUAUUAUGAUGAACUACAGAAAGUAGAUAGCUAGUAUGCAUUAAAUAGAGGCAAGUAACAUGUAUACUGAGACAUCUAGCUAGCUAACUUGCUAAAAACGAAUGGUCCCUCCGUUACUGAACUAGCUAACAGCACCAUCAUCAUGGAAGGAGGACCGAAAACGAAUGUAUGAGUUGAAGGUCAGAAGUAAUCAAUCACAUCAACUGACCAGCUACAACCAUGUACUCCAGUCCAGAUGUCUGCCUUAAAUCUGGCAGUCACAACAGUAGCAGUAACAGCAACAGCAUCACUGAACUCCUGGGCUCCCUGUGUGACAGCAGCCUCACUGGGGUGUCAUGGAAACGUCGUGCUCUAGGAGGGGUGUCUCGAGAGGGGGUCCGCCGCACUCUCAGAAAGCGUGCCUAUGGGGCCCUGCUGUCCAAACUGUUCCAGGAGGGCUCCCCGAAAGGGUUCUUGUCAGUACCUAGUGCCACGUCCACCACCCCGCCCAGAAACAAGCUACUUAUGAUAUCCUUUGACCUGCGAGUGGCGGGGUGCCAGGACGAGGCCGAGAGGCUGGAGGAGCAGCUGGGGAGGCUAAGUGAGGGGCCCGCCUCGGGUCUGAAGGAGCUGGACUCUGUGCUGGAGCUCUUGGUGCAGCUGACUGGCUCUGCACCCCCACCCCCGGCCUCAUUCAGCAGGGACUACAUGCGCAGGGAGAGGCCCGUGUUGAGGAGGCCUCCACUGGGGGGCUACCAGAGCGAGGAGCUGCAGAGGUUGGAGGCCCGAGCCUGGGCCCUGAUGUGUGGGGAGGAGUGGGGAUCCCUGAAGGGUCUGUGUGGGACUCUGGGUCUGAUGGAUGCUCCUCCGGGCACAGGCCUGCUGGCACUGAGGAGGAGGUCCGACGUAGAGGAGAGGUUUGAGAAGGAGACCAGGAUGUCUCUGUUUGGAGCCCUGCAACACUCCCGUACCUCAGACCUGGACAUCAGGCUCAAUCUGCCUCCUGUUCCCAGCAAUGCUGAUGUCACUGGGCUAGCCAUACGGGUGCCACCUUGUUUGGACCAGUUAGAAGAUGAGGGCUUCCAGUCAGCCUCCAACCUAACCCCAGACUCCCAGUCAGAGCCCAGUCCCAGCCCAGAACUUGAUGUCUGGGACGCCCUGAGGACUUUUGAGCCUGGGAGACGCCGCUGCUGGGAGUCUGUUGGCUGCCCACCAGGGAAGAGGGAAUUCCCCUACCUGACGGAGGGAGGCAGGGAGGCUUUUGAUCAGCUCUACAGGCUGUGGGAGGGGGAGAUGAGGGUGGUAUGCUCUGCCUCCCCCUCGCCCCUCCUGCCCCUGCCUCUGGACUGUCAGACCCAGCUGGUCAGUGACCUACUUAAUGUAUUGAUCGGGGUGGCGUCUACUACCUUCCCCCUCAACCAGGUGUGUGUCAAUUUUGACGUUCGACCCGGAGUGUGUGUGUCGGGAGCGUCACCGGAGAGUGUGUCUCGUUUGCUUGGCGAGCUGGCUCAGUAUGGCACCCAUUACCUGAGGCUCAGUCGCUUCGUUCUGCAGAGUGCCCAAAAGAGAGGCCUGGUCUUCCAGGCGUUUACAGGUGGACUGCGUAAGUACCUGCAUUACUACCGGGCCUGUGUCCUCAGCACCCCUCCCACCCUUAGCCUGCUCACCAUCGGCUUCCUGUUCCGCAAGGUGGGCCGGCAGCUCAGGUAUUUGUCAGAGUUGUGCUGUGUGGAUGGGGCAUCUGGUGUGGGCCAGGCUACCUUCCCUGUGGGUGUGACGCUGCUCUCCUACCUGUACAACGAGGCCCAGAGCAACUGCAGCAAUGAGAACUACCCCGUGCUGCUGUCCCUACUGAAGAGCAGCUGUGAGCCUUACACACGGUUUGUGUCAGACUGGGUGUACAGUGGAGUGUUCCGGGACGUGUACGGAGAGUUCAUGAUCCAGGUCAACGAAGACUACCUCAGCUUCAGAGACAAGCACUUCUGGGCGCAGGGCUACACACUGAUCUCCCGUGAUGUGGAGGACUGCGUGCCUGUCUUCCUCCGACACAUAGCCAACGAUGUGUACGUCUGCGGGAAGACCAUCAACCUGCUCAAGAUCUGCUGUCCCCAGCAUUACAUCUGCUGGUCGGAGCUGCCCGUGCCUCGCAUCGCUGUCACGUUCUCCCUGCAGGAGGUAGAGGAGAUAGAGAGGGACUGUGCCGUGUACCGAGGACGCAUGGAGAGGAUCGCCAAGCACAGCGCCACCAGCAGGGAGGAACAGGCCCUGCGCACAGAGCAGGCACGCCAGGAACUGAUCAAUCAGGUCAGGCAGUCGGCCGCCAAGACCCUGGAGAGCAUCCGCGGGCGCCAGGUGUCGCAGCGUCUGGCUGAAGAGGCAAAGAAGAGGGAACGCUUUGAAGAGCUGAGACAGCACUUGGAGCAGGAACAAGAGUGGCACAGUUUAGCCAGGAGGAAGGAGCAGGAGGAUGAAUUCAGCUUUGCCAGGGAGCUGAGAGACCGAGAGAAGCGACUACAGGCCCUGGAGGAGCAGCUGGAGAUCCGAGCCAGGAAGGAACUGAUUGCCCAGUACAGCCACCUAUCAGAGGAGGCGGCCAAGAGGGAGUGGCGGGCCAUGUGGCGGGUUCAGCGAAUGAGACUGGACGAUUCCCGGGCCCAGUUCCUACAGCAAGACCAACAGGAGACUGAGGCUAUUCUGGAGAAGUAUCCUGUCGGAGGGCAGAGACCCCCUCUGGAAAUACUACAGCCAGCUCCAGCUCAGACCACUCAACCAUUAACACAGGAGUCCCUAUCCCCGGAGCCCUGUGAGCAGCAGUCUGAGGAGCCAACCCAGGCCCCCCUUCACCACCAAUCCACUCCCCCAGCACUCCCCACCACGAAACUCGACCUCACCCUCGUCACAGAGCACAUCGACGCCAAUGACUUGCCCAAGCCGGCCGACAGCCUGCAAGUGGACCAGGCCCUACAGGAAAUUGGGUCGGACCUCCCGGAGGCUCUUGCGCCUCAUAAACCCGUAGACUAUGACUUUAGCGCCCCCUACAGUCCCCUUGAGGGAGUGACGGCCCCGGCCCUGGCUAGACCUCGCUGGGGUCCUGUGGUACAGCCAGACGUGGCUCACCCUCACAUCCCAACCGGUCCCCCUGGGUCCACUCUAGGCAUGGGGUGUGUGGUGUCCGGGACUUUAGCUCUCCCGUCUCCGCUACCCGGAAGUACCUACGGCCAUUCUUCAGACUCCACUAUGGGUGUAGGGUGUGUGGUGUCAGGAGCUGAGGUCCUCCCCAGGCCCAGUCCUCACGGCCAGGCCUCCCAAUCUAGCAUCCCCCUGGGCCAGUACUUCACUGAUGUGCCCCUGGCUCUCCACACAGCCAAUGUCCACGGACACCCCUCCCAGACCACAGUGCAACUGGUGGAUGGAAGUGAGUCAAAGCAGAUGGACAGCAGGCAGGAGAAUACCGAAGACCCAUCACCUCCAGGGUGCAUCGUAAAAGAGGCUGAAGGGACUGUAGAGGCAUCAUGCCUGGUGGAGAUGAAGCCAGCUGAGAUGGAGAAACUAGAUUGUGUUGGAGCAGAGGAACAGAUGGCUGGUUCUCUCAGGGAGGCUUCUGCCUCCUCCACCCCAGAGCAGGGCCAUGACAGUGGGUAUCACCCAGGACAGGCCUCCCCUUCCCUCUCUGGACCCUCCAGUGUGUACGAGCUUCCUACUGCCAACAGCCAAGGCCAUGCCUCAGAUGCUCAUAUUAAAGUCGGAGAGCACGUUUCAGAUGUGGAAGUCCCUCUCCCUUCUCAAAACGUUCACGGUCACUCAUCUGAUGCUAACAUAAAGGUAGGAGAGUUUGUUUCGGAGGUGACUGCUCCUCUUCCGACCGCCAACGUUCACGGUCACUCAUCUGAUGCUAACAUAAAGGUAGGAGAGUUUGUUUCGGAGGUGACUGCUCCUCUUCCGACCGCCAACGUUCACGGUCACUCAUCUGAUGCUAACAUAAAGGUAGGAGAGUUUGUUUCGGAGGUGACUGCUCCUCUUCCGACCGCCAACGUUCACGGUCACGCAUCUGACGCUCAUAUUAAAGUUGGAGACCAUGUUUCAGAAGUGGUCGCCUCCCUUUUCACCCAGAACAUUCACGGUCAUGCCUCGGACUCUCACAUCAAGGUCGGGGAGCACAUGUCAGAAGAGGUCGCCUCCAUUCACACCCAAAACAUCCACGGUCACUCAUCCAACACUCACUUCAAGGCGGGUGAGUUUGUGUUGGACGCAGAGCCCUCCCGACCACGCUGGAGCAAGCAUGGUCACGCCUCAGACUGCACACUUCAAGUAGGCUGUGUGAUGUCCGGCACAGAACCAGUACUCUCCCCUUUACCUGGUAGCACCUACGGCCAUUCCUCGGAGUCCACACUAGGUAUAGGGUGUGUUGUCUCUGGGGUUGAACCCCUUCAUGCUCCUCUACCUGGAAGUGACUUUGGACACGCCACAGACUCAACCCUGGGUGGAGGGUGUGUGGUGUCAGGAACGGUAACCCUUCCUUCUCCGAUACCCGGAAGUGACUACGGCCAUUCGUCAGAUUCAGCGAUGGGCGGAGGGUGCGUGAUAUCUGGGAUUGAACCCGUUCGCCCUCCUCUUCCAGGCAGCAACUUCGGACAGUCCUCAGACUCCACACUGGGCACAGGGUGUGUGGUGUCGGGUGUAAGCCCUCUGCCCUCCCCCAUCCCUGGCAGUAUCUACGGCCACAGCUCAGACUCUGCCCUGGGAGGGGGCUGUAAGGUGUCAGGUGUAAACCCUCUGCCCUCACCCAUCCCUGGCAGUAUCUACGGCCACAGCUCAGACUCUGCCCUGGGAGGGGGCUGUAAGGUGAAGGAGACUGGUAAUGAAUACGACGCCAGGACCCUGGAGCAGCAGCGGCUGGCGGAGGGCAUCUCGUCCUGGGCAGCAGGCUUAGCUCUGUCCCCAGGCGAGAGCUCAGAGAGGGAGUACCUCCGCUCCCUGGCUGCUCAGUACCAGGUGGAGCAGUACGAGGACUGCUACGGUCUCAUGACGUUGGCCCCAGAGUGUCACCCCCUGCAUCAGGUGACGCGGGGCCCCUGGGGCCUCCCGGUGGACCCAUCGCUCCGCAGGGCCACAGACACCACGGUGGUGCAGCUUAGUGGGAUGGUCUCCCUGCCCGUCCUCAUGAAGCACUCUGUCACCACCCCACUCAUCACACAUGUGUCCUUGGUGAACAAGGCGGUGGUGGACUACUACUUCGUAGAGCUUGGAGUGGAGAGGCAUUUUGAGGCCCUCAGGCACUUCUUGCUCAUGGAGGACGGGGAGUUCGCCCAGUCUCUCAGUGACCUGAUCUUUGAAAAGAUGGGCAGUGGUCAGACUCCUGGAGAGCUGUUGACUCCUCUGGUCCUGAACUCCAUCCUGAGUAAGGCUCUUCAGUACAGUCUUCAUGGAGACAGUUCUCUGGCCCCUAACUUCACCUUCGCCCUGCGCUUCCUCCCGGAGACCUUCCAUCCUCACGCCCCCGACGCACUCAACUGCCUGGAGCUACGGUACAAGGUGGACUGGCCGUUGAACAUCAUAAUCACAGACAGCUGUAUGAACAAGUACAACCGUCUGUUCUCCUUCCUGCUGCAGCUCAAACACAUGGUGUGGAGCCUCAGAGACGUCUGGUUUCACCUCAAGAGGACUGCGCUGGUGAAAGGGGCGGGCCGCUCGGUGCAGUUCCGCCAGCUGCAGCUGUACAGACACGAGAUGCAACACUUUGUGAAGGUGAUCCAGGGUUACAUCGCUAACCAGAUCCUGCAGGUGUCCUGGUUAGAGUUCACCACCAAGCUGGCCAGUGCCUCGGACCUGGACGCCAUACACCGCACACACGCCGACUACCUCAACAGAGCUAUCUUCAGGGGUCUGCUGACAGAGAAGGCAGCUCCAGUCAUGAACAUCAUCCACAGUAUCUUCAGCCUGAUCCUGAAGUUCCGGGCCCAGCUGAUCGCACAGCCCUGGGACAGCCAGCAGGGGGAGGCAGUGCACCCCAGCUUCAUUGCCAUGCAGCAGUCAUACAACACUUUCAAAUACUACUCCCACUUCCUCUUCAAAGUGGUGACCAAGCUGGUGAACCGAGGAUAUCAGCCUCACCUGGAGGACUUCCUGCUCCGCAUCAACUUCAACAACUACUACAAAGACUCCUGAACGUACGUGUGUAGAACACUGUGUGCCUGUGUUGUAGAUAAUCAGAGUAGCCUCUAAACUAAUGAUUUGUUGAAUAUUAUGUACAUGUGUACAAAUCUCUCCCCUACACCCAUUGCAGUUUGGUAAUGUAUAUUUGUGGCAUGAAUAAUAUACCGUAUUAAAGAAACUAUAUGCGUUGUAUUUACAUUUUAAAUGUACCUUGACGACCUGUUUUGACAGAUUCAAUGUGCCGGACCAUACAGUAUUAUGCCUCCUGUCCAUAAUGGUGUCUAUAAAAGUCAGUGAUAACAACCUUAUAUACCCCCAUAUAACAUGCUGAUGCCAAAAUGUAACAACGCUAGCUAAAGCUCAGGUGCCUCUCCUCUGCCCACCCCAUUCCUAAGCCCUGUGUGUCAAUUAAAGAAAUGCUUCAUUUUGUGAUGUAAAAACAAAACACUUAAAGGAGUAAUAAAAUGUCACUUGUAUUUAUUAAA